GGAGAACCGCUUUCUUCCACCCAAAGUGCCACCACCUGGACCUCUGAAAAACAGAAUGACAGGAAACUAAGACCAAGGCAGUGGAGGGGGGGUCACAGCAGCCGGGAACAUGGCGGAUGCCGAAGAAGGCUUCGCCCUCCCAGCCGCGCCGGUAGAGACCGACACGAAGGAGCUGGCCAGCGAAGGCAAGCCGGACAGCCAGCUGGGGGGCACCGCCAGCAAGCAGCCUUCCUCGCCCCAGGCUGCCUUCACGCAACAGGGCAUGGAGGGAAUCAAAGUAUUUUUGCACGAAAGAGAGCUGUGGCUUAAAUUUCAUGAUGUGGGGACUGAGAUGAUAAUAACCAAAGCUGGAAGGCGAAUGUUCCCCAGCUACAAAGUGAAAGUGACAGGACUCAACCCUAAAACCAAGUACAUCCUCUUGAUGGAUAUUGUCCCCUCUGAUGACCACAGAUACAAAUUUGCAGAUAACAAAUGGUCGGUGACAGGGAAAGCUGAACCUGCCAUGCCUGGAAGACUGUACGUCCACCCAGACUCACCAGCGACUGGAGCUCACUGGAUGAGGCAGUUGGUAUCCUUCCAAAAACUCAAGCUGACAAAUAACCAUCUGGACCCAUUUGGCCAUAUCAUCCUCAACUCGAUGCACAAAUACCAGCCCAGACUCCAUAUCGUCAAGGCCGACGAGAACAACGGCUUCGGCUCCAAAAACACGGCCUUUUGCACCCACGUCUUUCCGGAGACGGCCUUUAGAGGCCUUUCUUUUAUCAGCAACUCCCAGAUCACCCAGCUCAAGAUUGAAAACAAUCCGUUUGCAAAAGGAUUCCGAGGGAGUGAUGAUAUGGAGCUGCACAGAAUGUCAAGGAUGCAAAGCAAGGAAUACCCAGUGGUCCCCAGGAGUACCGUCAGGCAGAAAGUGGCCUCCAACCACAGCCCUUUCUCUGGGGAAGCCCGGGCUUUGUCCACCUCUUCUAACCUUGGAUCUCAGUUCCAAUGUGAGAAUGGCGUCUCCAGCACCUCCCAGGACUUGCUACCAUCGGCCAGCCCCUACCCCGUGACCCAGGAUCAUGGCCAGAUCUACCACUGCACCAAGAGAAAAGAUGAAGAAUGUUCUACCACGGAGCACCCUUACAAGAAGCCCUACAUGGAAACCUCCCCUCCAGAGGACGACUCUUUCUAUCGCUCCAGCUACUCACAGCAGCAGCAGCAACAGCAGCAGCAACAGGGACUGAAUGCCAGCACAUACAGGACUGAGUCUGCUCAACGCCAAGCUUGUAUGUAUGCCAGCUCGGCAGCGCCCACAGAGCCCGUUCCUAGCUUGGAGGACAUCAGCUGCAACACCUGGCCCGCCAUGCCAUCCUACAGUAGUUGCACAGUGACUGCCAUGCAGCCCAUGGAUAGGCUGCCUUACCAACACUUCUCUGCCCAUUUCACCUCCGGCCCUCUCAUGCCCCGGCUUGCCACCAUUGCCAAUCAUACCUCGCCACAGAUCGGGGACGCCCACGCCAUGUUCCAGCACCAAACGUCGGUCCCUCAUCAACCGAUCGUCCGGCCAUGUGGACCUCAAACGAGCAUCCAGUCGCCUCCCAGCAGCUUGCAGCCUGCGGAGUUCCUCUAUUCCCAUGGGGUGCCCCGGACCCUCUCUCCCCAUCAGUACCACUCCGUGCAUGGGGUGGGCAUGGUGCCAGAGUGGAACGAGAACAGUUAACAAGGGGGGGGGCAACGGAGCCAAAGGGAAUUUCCUGGCAAAAGUUAAGAGUGUUUUGCAAGACUUGUUGAACUGAAUGUUGAUAGAUAAGCACUCAAGAGGGACAAUGUCCCAUCUUCUGGGCGGGGAGCAGCGGGUGGAGGGGGGGGGAAGAGACCGUGGCAUUGUAUUUCCUCUGCUCUCCUUUGGCAAGGCCAUUGACAAGCCGAUCCCCACCUCUUCCCCACACCGCCUCCUCCUCCUCCUCCUCCUCUUCACUCCCAGAUGUGGCCACACAGAGUUUGCAUUGCGACCCCCACCUACUUUGUGCUCUCACCCCCUUUUGGUUGGAGAUUUGCUUUCAGGUGAAACACAGGAGUUUUAUUGCCUUUCUCAACACCACAAGAGUGCUUGAAAAAACAACAUUUCUUUCCCUCCCUUUCUUUUUCUUUUUUUUUUUGAUGUUGAUAUUGACAUUGUUAUAUUAUAAUAAAUGAUAAUAUAUAUCUAUAACUAUAUCUAUAUUCUUUUGAGGCUAUAAAAAGAAGCCGUCCCUCUUUAAAGAGAGGAUUCAGGUGAGGCUGAAGGGACGCAUUCUCUACUUCCACGAGCAAGACAGUCUGUUACCUACAUCUGACGGGCACGUCUAGUUUUUGAUGUUCCUAGUAGCUAGAUUUGUUUCUCAGCCAAACAGAUGUUCAGCACUUCCAGCCUCAUCUUCUCUGCUGGGCACCCACUCAGAGUACGUGCCUGCCAAAGGAGGUGGGCUGGCAAGCUCUGAGACCUGUUUGGCCAAGAAAAGAAAAAGCACGAAGGGCCAAAUUAUCAGUUCGUGGCCCUCUCCGUUCCUAGCCAUCGUUUUGUGUCCUGUCUGUUUCAUUAUGUGCCAAAAUCCUUUUAAGGGUAGGGACAAAAGAGUUCUCAUCAAAUGAGACUCUACAUUUUUGUGUUGGGGAUUUUAUCUAGUUUGAUCCAUUUCUCUUCUCUUUCGGGCAAGAGGCUCCCAGGGCCAGCCCUACCAUUAGGGAAAGAGAGUGAGUGGCUUCAAGAAACAGACACUGACAAGCUACUAGAGGAGAAAGAUGUAUGCCUUGUAAGCUUCUUGGGCCUAAAAUUCAUAGCUAGCCUAAAUUACAGUGGGCCUGUUGAAUCAGUUACUGAGUAGUAAGUCAAGAGUCACAGAAAUCACACUGAUUCAAUGUGUCUGUUCUCGUUCAGACUAGCAAAGGAUUUAGGCCCAAAUCAGCCAGUUUAUUUGCAGGUACAGUGGGGGAAUGCUGUUGAAGAGGAUUCAGCUACCUGUCUGCUUAGCUUUUGUACACGGAAUGGGAAGAGUCACCGUCUUUUUCUCCAGCACGAAGCAGCAAAAUGUUUUGGGACAGCCCAAGAGGACUGCUGAUGUCGACUGCCUCGUCCUUUUAUACCCCAUUUCUAAAUCACAAAGAACUUGGUGGCACUUGACAAGUCUAAGAGGCUUAUUGUAGCAUGACACUUGACGUAAACCGAAGAAUCCAGUCCAUGUAGUUCUUGGUGUGGCUGCCAUCCCAAAGCAAAGCCAUGCAUCUAGUGCUCUACUUAUUGCCAUGAUGUCUUUGAGGCUAAAUGGAUGUCUUCUGUGGCCGGUUCUGGCUGGUGGAACUUAAGAGUCUACUCAUAUGCUGAGGUCUGCCCACUAGGGAUGUGCAUUCAUUU